ACUCCGGCACAGAGAGAGAACAUUCAUGACUCACUUCCACUGCUCUGUCAUUUCCUCAUUGCUUUGUUAUUAAUUUGCUUAAUAAGGGUUGCAGGAAACAAAAGUUCAGACUGAUUUUUGACUCUCUGUCUCUCUUAGAUGGUAAAGUGUAUGCGUUGGGUGGAAUGGGAGCCGACACGACCCCUCAGGCCACGGUGAGACUGUAUGAGGCGACGAAGGACCAGUGGCUGCCCCUCACCUCUAUGCCCACCCCUCGAUAUGGAGCGUUCUCCUUCCUGCGCGGAAACAAGAUCUACGUCCUGGGUGGGCGUCAGGGAAAGCUGCCAGUGACUGCAUUCGAGGCUUUCGAUCUUGAGAUGAAGAGCUGGACGAGGUACCCGUCUAUCCCCAGCCGCAGAGCGUUCUCGUCGAAUGCUGCCAGUGACAGAGCCUUCUUCAGCCUCGGCGGCCUUCAGCAGCCCGGACCACACAACUUUUACUCCAGACCUCACUUUGUCUCCACUGUAGAGGAAUUUGAUUGUGAGCAGGGUGUGUGGUUGAAGGCCACGCGGAGCUGUCGGAUGAGAGAGAAGCGGGCAGACUUUGUAGCUGGUUGUCUCGGUGGACGGGUCAUUGCUGCAGGAGGACUCGGUAACCAGCCAUCCCCGCUGGCAUCAGUGGAGUGUUAUAAUCAGCUGAAGAGGAGAUGGGAACCCGUUGCCCCUUUACCCAGCCCUCGCUGCUCCUGUGCCUCCAUUCAGACCCCCAACAUGCUCUUUCUCAUCGGAGGGGUGUCGCAGGGUCCCAGUAACGCUGUGGAAGCCCUCUGUUUGAAAGAGACUGUCUGACAAACACACAUACAAAUGAACAGCUACACAGAUCCUCACAUGCUGGACUUUCCAAAGUGUAAGCUCUGCAAUCACACACACAUACACACAUACUCUGACGUCAUGCUGAUGUGUUUGUCUCUGACAAAUAACUCACAGACUUUCCCUCAGAGGACACAUCAGCUUUAUACUUCGAAUAUUGGAGACAAUCUACUGGAGCUUGAACAACGGUCCACAUCUCUGGGCAGAAGAGUUACGGACUGGAGAUUUAAGACAAGCAAAAAAUACAUAAUAAUUAAUCCAACCUAUAUACAUAUAUAUUUACUAUAGCACUGUAUUAAUAAAUAUAUUUAUUAAUAGAGCGAAUAUUAAAUAACACAUAUAUAGAUGUCCAGAACUACACAGACAGGCACACGCAACACUCCAGGCGCCUUUGAACUGUACUGCAUUUUUCAGAAUCAAAGCAGGGUAAUUUUCUGGCAAACUAAAGAGGAACUUAGGGCCAUAUAUCCACCACGCUGCCGCAGCCCGUCUGGGGUGGUAUGUUUAGCACUUUUUGUACUAUUGACAAACAGAGGAUCCUCGGCGUGAGACUUCAGAAAUGGGAGGCGGAUGCUUGAACGUGUGUGUUUUUUGUACCUUCGCAGUCAUGCACGUGUGAAACUGAGCAUUAGGGUGAGUGGAAAAUGGCGGAUCACUGAUGCCUCACUGUAGUAUAAGAUGAGAGUGUAUUUAAUCUUGACGGUUAUUUAAAGGAAUGUUCUGGGUUCAAAAUCAUCCAAGUAUAAGAGUGUCUCUGACAUACAGUGAGAAGCACUAUCAGUAACGUUAGUGUGUUUCUCAGUUGGUGAAAACAAAAAUGUGUUUGCAGUAAUGCAAUAAUAUUAAUAUUAUAUUUAUAUAAUAGAUGGUUAUAUCAUGAUCAUAUUAAAGAAAUAGUUUGCCCCAAAAUAAAAAUAAAAAUGUUCUAAACCCAUAAGACUUUUGUUUAUGCACAUUAACGCAGCAUUUUAAAAUAUUCUGAUACCUACAAUAGAUCAAAAUUUAAGUCUAUCUGCUGUAAAAUAAAAAAAAUAAAAAAGUGCAUCAGUUUAGUGUUUUAUUGACACAAAAGUAGAGCUUCAGUUCCUACAGUUUAUGUUGAUUCUGUCCCUUUAUUGUUGUUUAAAGUAGUGCACAAGUGUGUAUUUCCAGUAUUUAAAUGCCUAAAGAAAUAAAUAGGAUUCUUUCUGUUUUAACAGUUCACAUAAACACAACACAUAUGCAUUGUGGUUCUUUAGAUAUUUAGUCAAUUAAGACUUCCUUGCUAUAGUCUUGUGCAAUACAAGUUAUUUGUUAUUUGCACAAAGCAUUUGCAUUGCUUUAGGAUUUGGAAUUAAACUACUGUAGUGACAUGGAUUCACUUAACUGAAUUAUUUGAAGCUUGACAUUUUGGGGUGAGCAGAGUUUAAAUGUAAUUUCAGAAAUCUCUCUAGUUUCAUCAAAAUAUUGCCGGUGUCAUGAAGAUAUUUGAAAGUCUUGUGGGUUUUAAACAAACUGAAAAGUAAAUUAUGGCAAUUUUUUUUAUGCCUUUAACUGCCCCACCAACAAAAAAAAUUGCAUUGCAUUUCUUAACUCCUAAUGUUGCUAGUUAACAAACUUCAAUGCACAUCAACACACGUUUCUCAAAUGUCAAGCAUUUGGUAGAGUUUGAUAUGUUGGUUUAUGGUAAAAGUACCGGAAUUAAUACAUAGAAAACUAAAAAUCAGGAAAUAUGAAGUGUAAGACCUUUUUAUCUGUAAUAAAUAAUCAAAAUAAAACA